AUUAGCGCUUCGUAAUCUGUUGGCCCACUACAAAUAACUGAUAAUAAUAAUAUCAGGUAUUGAUGUAACUGGAGUGAAUAAGGGAACCUUCUUCCUGAGCACAGACAUUGGAGCCUGUUAUCAGCAUGAACUCAUAUGUGUUAGACAAACACAUGAAUAGUUCAUAUCCAUCCUUAACUACAACAAGCAUCAGAAUGAUACCACAGACUCCAACAUUUUUAGACACUAAUAAAUAUUCACAAACAUUGGAGAAAUCACAGCAGAUAUUUAAAGAAGAUGGUGAAUUGUCAGGAACUGGGCAGCAAUCAUUAUGUACAGAGAGUAAUUUAGUCAUCAAACAAGAGGACAAGAAUUAUGCCUUAUCUAGUGAAAUGAUUAUCCCUGAGGAUAAGCCACAAGAAGAGAAAAGUUUACAGUCUAACCAAAAGAUUCAUACAAAGGAGAGAUCUUUCAAAUGUACAGAAUGUAAGAAAAGCUUUAGAUAUAAGUCUCAUCUCCUAGAACACCACACAAUUCACACAAGUGAGAAGCCUCACACACGUCCUGAGGGUAGCUGUACAAAGUGUGGAAACAUUUUUACAAAAAAGAGUUAUCUGAAAACUCAUGAAAGUAUUCACACAGGAGAAAAGCCUUUUACAUGUACAGAGUGUGGAAAAAGUUUUACACAAAAGAGUCAUCUGAAAAAUCAUGAAAGGAUUCACACAGGGGAAAAGCCUUUCACAUGUACAGAGUGUGGAAAAUUUUUUACACAAAAGAGUCAUCUGAAAAAACAUGAAAGGAUUCACACAGGAGAAAAGCCUUUCACAUGUACAGAGUGUAGAAAAGGUUUUACACAAAAGAGUAAUCUGAAAAAGCAUGAAAGGAUUCACACAGGAGAAAAGCCAUUCACAUGUACAGAGUGUGGAAAAUGUUUUACAGUAAAGAGUGAUCUAAAAAAGCAUGAAAGGAUUCACACAGGGGAAAAGCCUUUCACAUGUACAGAGUGUGGGAAAAGUUUUAUACAAAGGAGUAUUCUGAAACAUCAUGAAAGGAUUCACACAGGGGAAAGGCCUUUCACGUGUACAGAGUGUGGAAAAAGUUUUGCACAUAAGGGUAAUCUGAGAAAACAUGAAAAAAAUCACACAGGAGAAAAGCUUUUCACGUGUACAGAGUGUGGAAAAAGUUUUACACAAAAGAAUGAUCUGAAAAAGCAUGAAAGGAGUCACACAGGAGAAAAGCCGUUCACAUGUACAGAGUGUGGAAAAUGUUUUACACAACAGAGUGAUCUGAAAAAGCAUGAAAGGAUUCACACAGGGGUAAAGCCAUUCACAUGUACAGAGUGUGGAAAAAGUUUUACACAAAAGAGUCAUCUGAAAAAGCAUGAAAUGAUUCACACAGGAGAAAAGCCUUUCACAUGUACAAAGUGUGGAAUUUUUUUUACAGAAAAGAGUAGUCUGAGAAAACAUGAAAGGAUUCACACAGGAGAAAAGCCUUUCACAUGUACAGAGUGUGGAAUUUUUUUUACAGAAAAGAGAUAUCUGAAAAGGCAUGAAAUGAAUCACACAGGAGAAAAACCUUUUACAUGUACAGAGUGUGGAAAAAGUUUUACACGAAAGAGUCAUCUGAAAAAGCAUGAAAGGAGUCACACAGGAGAAAAACCUUUCACAUGUACAGAGUGUGGAAAAAGUUUUACUCAAAUAAGCAGUCUGAAAAAUCAUGAAAGGAUUCACACAGGAGAAAAGCCUUUCACAUGUACAGAGUGUAGAAAAAGUUUUACAGAAAAGAGUGAUCUGAAAAAGCAUGAAAGGAUUCACACAGGAGAAAAGCCUUUUACAUGUACAGAGUGUGGAAAAAGUUUUACAGAAAAGAGUAAUCUGAGAAAACAUGAAAAGAUUCACAAGGGAAGAAACCUUUCAUAUGUUUAGAAAGUGGAAAAAGGGUUUUAUUGAAAUCAGGUAUCACAAAACACCAAAUAUUUACACACAAAUAAACAUUAUAUACACAGUGUACAAACCUUUUUUAAAAUUAUCAUAAAGAGAAUAAACUCUCUUAAUUGAAGCAUCAAUAGAGAUGUUAUUGUAAAUAAUACUUUCUAAAUCCUAGUUAUAAAAGCACCAGAUUGGAAGAGCUCUCCUUUGUUCAUCUAUUUAUGUGCUCCUCAGUUUCUCUCAUAUAAAUGUGAUAGAAUUUAAACACCACACAGGAAUAUACAAAUCUUUCCUCAUACUGACCAAUUUACUAAACCAUUCACUACCAAAGCACCCACAGUGUUGUUUAUUAAUAUGCCAGUAUUAGGAGUUGUACGUUUGAUUUACAUAGGGGAGCAAAUAAUUACAUUUACAGAAUUAAGGAGUCUUUAUAUGAAUAGAUUGUUAGAAAAUUAUAUAAACAAGAACAUCAGUCUCAAAUGAUUGACAUCUGGGAGAUAUAUUUAAUGUGCACAUCAUGGGGAUAAACCUUUUCUUAUAGCAAUAGAUGCUUAGCAUUGUACAUGUUAUAUACCAGAGGAAUUACUGAGGGGAAACUGAUUUUAUUUCAUGAGACACAAUAUCAGUAACCGGUACAUAUGUGAUCAUUAUCAGUUUAAUUUUAAUGGCUACUAUAACCUACAUGUAUACUGGGUAUGUAAUAUGUGUGUCAUGUGAUCAUAAUCAGUUUAAUUUAAAUGGCUACUAUAACCUACAUGUAUACUGGGUAUGUAAUAUGUGUGUCAUGUUCUGUAACUGGAUAUUAUGUCUGUUAGAUGUUUUCAUGUUAGUUAGAAGCCACAAGAACUGAUAAUAGCACAUACUGUAUAUAUAAAGGGAACAUUAUAUGUCUGAUAAAUCCCUUUGUAUCAAGAGCACAAGUGUUAGGUAUAUUUAUACCAUUGUGUGCAUAUAUCAUGUAAUGCUGCUUUUUACUAUAUAAUGAUAUACAAUGUUUUUUCCUGCAAAUAAAAAGUGAUUGUAAUCGA